AUGACCAGCACCGACCCAGAGCUGGCUACCAAGGCGCCUGAGAGCGAUGCUCAGGAAGACGUCCAGAAAGAUGCUUCGAAAGAUGCUCCCUCCGAGACACCAGCUGCUGCUACCGCUGCUCCCGCCGAGGAGUCGGCAUCCCAGCCGAAGCUGUGCGAUGACUGCGUAACUGACAGGCCCACUCCAAGCGGCCCAGGCCCAACAGGCGAAGUCAGGAAGCUCAACGACAUCGACGCCUACAUCUCUAAGCCGUCCGACUACCCCCACGCCCCCGCCCGCCUGCUGCUGCUCCUGACCGGCGGCACGGGAGUCAAGUCCACAAACAACCAGAUCCAGGCAGACAAGUUCGCCAGCGAGGGCUUCGUCGUCGUCAUGCCCGACCUGUUCGAAGGCGACGUUGCGCCCAACUCAGCCACGGUCGACGAGGAACAGGCAACGCAGGGCGGCUCCUUCCUGGACAACUUCAAGAUCAAGGCGGUUGAAGGCGUUAAGAGCUUCAUGAUCGACAUGUGGCUGGCGCGCCACACGGAGGAGAAGGUGCUGCCGAUCCUGCACAAGGUCAUCGAUGGUGCCAAGGACGAGUUCGCCGACGCGGUGAGCAACGGCGGCGGCGUCUACGCGGCCGGCUACUGUUUCGGAGGCCGGUAUGUCCUGCUCCUGGCAUCCGAGCGGAAGGCACAGCCCGGUGGAGUUUUUGGCACCGCGCAGAAGCCUGCGGACGAAGAGGCUGGGGCUCAGACAAGCGGGCCGUUCAUCAAGGCUGGAGCGCUGGCCCAUGCGACGCUGGUGGCGAGGGAGGACUUUGAGGGGCUGAAAGCUCCCGUCAGCUUCGUCUGUGUGGAGAACGACCCUCUCUUCCCGGAUGAUGUCCGCACGGCUGGAGAGGACCACAUGUCUAAGCUCAAUGUUGAGCAUGAGGUUCAGGUCUACCCUGGAGUCCCACAUGGAUUCGCUGUUGUCGGGGAUUACGAAGAUCCUACGAUCAAGACUGCGCAGAGUACAGCGUUUGAGCAGAUGUUGAAGUGGCUGAAGGAUCACUGA